UAUAGUGCUUUGUGGUGAAUUAUUUCAAGAUUUAGUGAUCAUUUCAAAUAUAUAAAAAUGUCGCACAAGAUGUAUUAUUCAGACAAAUACUACGAUGAUAAAUAUGAAUAUAGGCAUGUAGUAUUGCCAAAAGAAAUGGUUAAAUCAGUUCCAACUACUCAUCUCCUUUCCGAACAAGAAUGGAGAGCCAUGGGUGUUCAACAAAGUCAAGGAUGGGUACAUUACAUGAUUCAUAAACCAGAACCACAUAUUUUACUCUUUAAAAGGAAAAUAACAUCUCCCCCACCAGAAAAUUAAUUAUGCCCAUUACUGUAACAAUUUGUAAAUAAUACUUCAGAUCAUUGUUAAUAUUCAUAAAACAACUCAACCAGUGACUUCUAAAUUCAAUAUUAAUAUGAUGAUAAAAU